AUGGGAAAGAACCAGCACAGCAAAGAUCAGCUGCACCUGAGGCCCACUGAAUGGGCGCAGGAUGGCCGAGGCUUCAAGGCAACCAAGUGGACACCCUUCUCCAAGUUGCCGCUGAAUUGUUGCUUUCUGUCGCUGCAACCCUUUGACCGACCGGUGGCGACUCGCGAUGGCUCGGUCUUUGAGAUCACACACAUCCUGAAGUACAUCAAGCGUUUUGGCGUCCACCCAGUGCAUGGGGGCAAGUUGGAAGUGAAGGAUUUAGUGCCUCUGCAUUUUCACAAGAAUGCACAGGGUGAUCUCCAUUGCCCCGUAACCUUCAAGGUGCUUGGGAACAACACAGCAGUGUGUGCCAACAUGUCGUCUGGCCAUGUCUAUUGUCUUGAAGCGGUCUUGGAGCUGAACAAGAAGACCAAGAACUGGAAAGACUUGAUGACUUCUCAGCCGUUCAAGUGGACAGAUAUAGUAAUGCUGCAAGACCCAGAGCAGCUGGAGGGCCGAGAAGUGUCAAAGUUCCACUUCAUGGUCUCUGGUCACCAGGACGAAGUGGUUCGAGAAAUCACGAACCCAGAAAGCAAGGUCAGCGACAACAAGGAUGAAAGGCUCCGGCCCAACGCCGCAGUGUCCCGGAUCUUCGCUGAGAAGGAGCGGCUGGCCGAAAAGAAGGCCCAGGAGGCUGCGGAGCAGGCGGCUGCGGACCCGGAGGGCGCAGCAGCCGCGGAAGCAGCGGUGAGGGGAUCCCAGGGAUAUCAAUGGGAGAAUUGUCAAAAGCGCGGAAGAGCAGAGAAAGAAGUUGAAAGAGGCACAAGAGAGGAGGAAAACGAACGAACGUCGGGGGCCUUGGGUGGUGUGGUAAGGGGACCUCCUUUAGGCAUCAAAAGCUGCCGAGAUGGCUUGAUGAGGCUCAGCUGCCAGGACUACUAUGGCAUUCGAAAUGGUCACGAAGAAGAUCCCCGCCUGCCGUGGUUAAAGGAGCUGGUGGACUGGCGAGGCGCCCGAGUGUUAGACCUGGGAUGCAACAGCGGAGUUCUGACAAUGCAGCUGGCGGCGCUGGGUUGUCGCAAGGUGCUGGGGGUCGACAUUGACCCCAGCUUGGUGUGCCAAGCGGAAGCGGCUCAAGCUGCGGCCGAUACUGCGCACGGGAGGCUUCGAUUUGUUUGCCGCGACAUGAUGAAACUGCGGCUGCGAAAAACCUACGAUGUGAUUUUACUGCUGAGCACCUCAAAGUGGGUGCAUUUGCAGAAUGGAGAUCAGGGCCUCAAAGAGCUCUUCACCCAAAUUCGUUACUGGCUGCGACCCAAUGGGAUCUUUAUUUUGGAGCCUCAACCUUGGAAAGCCUACAAGAAGGUGGCGGAUGCUUCAGAAGAGGCGGAGGCAACCUGGCGCACCAUCCGACUGCGACCUUCGCAGUUUCUGGAGUUCCUCACGCAGGAGCUGAAGUUUCACCCCGAGCACAGAUGGGUCCACGUCUCCCAUGCGUUGGAAUCCUUUCAACGCACCAUGUAUUUCAUUUGGACACCAAAGGCUAAGACGGCUAAGAAGCUCUCCAAGCCUCGUUAUACCUCCAAUGAGGUUGGUGCAUCUUUCACAUCAACAGCUGCUCCCUUGAAGUCCAAGAAUGAGCUGCGCAAGUUGACAGAGGAAGAAGAGCUACAGGAUCUCUACGACCAGGUUCGCAAGAAAAAGCUGAAGGGAUAUGUCCGGAUGGUGACCUCCUGUGGCUGUUUGAAUCUGGAGCUGCACUGCAACAUCGCUCCGAGGACUUCGGACAACUUCCUGCGGCUCUGUGAGAGGAACUACUACGACAACUCGGUCUUCCAUCGUCUCAUUCGGAACUUCAUGUUGCAGGGUGGGGACCCCACAGCCACUGGACGAGGGGGUGAGAGCGGAUUUGAAGGAGGCAAGGCAUUUCGGGACGAGUUUGACUCCCGACUGGUGCAUCAGGGCCCUGGAGUUGUCUCGAUGGCGAACAAUGGGAAGAACACCAACAGGAGUCAAUUUUUUAUCACCCUGAAGUCUUGCGAACACCUCAACAACAAGCACUCUGUGUUUGGUCGAGUCGUCGGUGGUUUGCAAAUCUUGGAGGUGCUGAACGACUGGGAAGUGGACAGCAAGGAUAAGCCUGUGAAGGAGAUCAAACUGAUCCGAACCGAGGUCUUUAAGAAUCCCUUCAAAGAUGUCUCGGAGGAAAUGACCAAACCAAAGGAGGAGAAGGUGGUGGACCCAGUAGCCACGUGGUUCAGCAAUCGCAAGGAUCCCAUGCAAGAUCAUCGAAAUCGGCACUCCUCUCAGGUAGGAAAAUACCUCCCCGACGAAAUGCCGAGCCUGCCGGGGAAAUCCAAGCGUCCCGAGGCAAUGCCCAGUGAAGAGAUGGAAUAUGCCAACAUCGCCCAGAAGUCCAAGCGGGCACGGACCGACUUCGACUUCUCCUCUUGGUGA